AUGAGAGAGUCCGAGAGCCCUCCGCCUGUCCUCCCCGGAAUGCCGGUCAUUCGCUGGUCGCUGCUGCUCCUCCAGGCCGUCUUCCUGGUCAGCUUCGUCACAUGUAAUGACGCCCCGCCGGUGCCCGGAGAUCAGCUUCAUAUAGAGAAGACCUGGGUGCCCGAACUGUGUCCCCGCACCGUCACCGAGGGCGACUUCGUCCGGUACCACUACAACGGAGCCUUCCCCGAUGGGACCAAGUUUGACUCCAGUUAUGACCGCGGGACCACUUACAACGUAUUUGUGGGAAAAGGACAGAUCAUUAAAGGAAUGGACAAAGCUCUGAUUGGAAUGUGUAUAAACGAGAGACGAUUAGUAAAAGUUCCACCAAGUCUUGCCUAUGGGAGUGAAGGAGUGGCUGGUGUAAUUCCUCCAGAUGCCAUUCUACACUUUGAUGUCCUUUUGUUAGAUAUCUGGAAUCCUGAGGACAAAGUCCAAACACAGUCUUACUACAAACCUGAAAAUUGUUCUCGCACAGUACAAGUCUCAGAUUUCAUUCGUUACCAUUACAAUGGGACAUUAUUGGACGGGACACUUUUUGAUUCUAGCCAUAACCGCAUGAGGACAUAUGACACCUACAUAGGAAUUGGCUGGCUGAUCCCUGGAAUGGAUACUGGUCUUCUGGGAAUGUGCGUUGGUGAAAGACGUAUAAUCACAGUUCCCCCAUUUCUAGCAUAUGGAGAAGACGGUGAUGGUAAAGAUAUCCCUGCCCAGGCAUCACUUGUGUUUGACGUAGUCUUGCUAGAUUUGCACAAUCCUAAAGAUGGCAUCACAUCAGAGGUCCUAUAUAUGGCAGACAACUGUGAGCGGAAGACACAGGCUGGUGACUACAUCAGAUAUCAUUAUAAUGGAACACUGUUAGAUGGCACUUUCUUUGAUUCCAGUUACUCUCGAAAUCGCACUUAUAACACAUACAUUGGGAAGGGUUAUGUGAUUUCUGGCAUGGAUGAAGGUUUGCUGGGCCUAUGUGUUGGAGAAAGACGACGAAUAACAAUUCCACCCCAUCUUGCUUAUGGUGAAGAGGGCAGAGGAAAAAUCCCAGGAUCUGCAGUGUUAGUGUUUGAUAUCCUCGUGGUUGAUUUCCACAACCCAGAUGACUCUGUCAGCAUCACGGCACAAUUUAAACCAAGCAACUGUACACUCCUGAGCAAAAAGGGAGAUUACCUGAAGUAUCACUACAAUGCAACUCUCAUGGAUGGAACUGUGCUAGAUUCAACACACCAGUAUGGCAAAACCUACAACAUAGUAUUGGGAUCUGGCCAGGUUGUAAUGGGAAUGGACAUUGGCCUAAGAGAUAUGUGUGUUGGAGAGAAGCGUACAGUCAUUAUACCUCCACAUUUCGGAUAUGGAGAAGCUGGAGUGGAGGGUGAAGUUCCUGAAAGUGCAGUGCUGGUUUUCGACAUUGAGCUAUUGGAGUUGAUACCAGGUCUACCUGACGGCUACAUGUUUGUGUGGAAUGGAGAGGUGUCAAAGAACCUGUUUGAAGACAUUGACAAGAACAGUAAUAAGGAGAUACUCCUAGAAGAGUUUUCAGACUAUAUUAAAGCCCAGGUUGAUGCUGGGAAAGGAAAACUGGCCCCUGGGUUUGACGCCGACAAGAUUAUUGAGAACAUGUACAGAAAUCAAGACCGGAAUCAGGAUGGCAAAAUUACAGAAGCUGAGUUUUAAGUUGAAAGAGCAGGAGGAUAAAGAGAGACAUGAUGAACUGUAA